CGCCAUGCGCCUCACGUGACCUGCCGGGGCACUGCCGGCACCGCCCGGGAUAUCCCGGGACAGACCGGGACAGACCGGGACAGCGCCAUGGCGCCGCAGGGCCGCCAGCACGCCUGGCUGCUGCCGGUGCCGCUGCUGCUGCCGCUGCUGCUGCCGCUGCUGCUGCCGCCGGCCGUGCGCGCCGCCGCCGCCCGGCCCAACUUCGUGCUGGUGCUGGCGGACGAUCUGGGCUUCGGGGACCUGGGCAGCUACGGGCACCCCUCGUCCGCCACGCCGCACCUGGACCGGCUGGCGGCCCGCGGGCUGCGCUUCACCGACUUCUACAGCAGCGCCGCCGUCUGCAGCCCGUCCCGGGCCGCGCUGCUGACGGGCCGGCUGCCGGUGCGCUCCGGGGUCUUCCCGGGCGUGUUCGCCCCCGACUCGCGGGGCGGGCUGCCGCUGGCCGAGCUCACCGUGGCCGAGCUGCUCCGGGAGCGCGGCUACGCCACGGCCAUGGUGGGCAAGUGGCACCUGGGCGUGGGCAAGGACGGCGCCUUCCUGCCCACCCGCCAGGGCUUCGACCACUUCCUGGGGAUUCCCUACUCGCACGACCAGGGCCCCUGCCAGAACCUGACGUGCUUCCCGCCCGACACCAAGUGCUUUGGGACGUGUGACCAGGGCGUGGUGGCGGUGCCGCUGCUCUGGAACGAGAGCAUCGUGCAGCAGCCCGUGGCCUUCCCCGAGCUGGUGCCGCGCUACGGCCGCUUCUGCCGCGACUUCAUCGCCCGCUGCGCCCGCCUGCGCCUGCCCUUCCUGCUCUACUACGCGUCCCACCACACGCACUACCCGCAGUUUGCCAGCCGGGACUUCGCGGGCCGGACGCGCCGGGGCCCCUUCGGGGACGCGCUGGCCGAGUUCGAUCACUCGGUGGGGGAGCUGCUGCGGGCGCUGCGGGAGCACGGCCUGGAGAGCUCCACGCUGCUGCUCGUCACCUCCGACAACGGCCCCUCCACGCUGCGCAUGGCGCGCGGUGGCAGCGCCGGGCACCUCCGCUGUGGCAAGGGCACCACCUACGAGGGCGGCAUGAGGGAGCCGGCCCUGGCGUACUGGCCGGGCACGAUCGCGCCAGGGGUGACGCACGAGCUGGCCAGCACGCUGGACGUCCUGCCCACGCUGGCCGCCCUGGCGGGCGCCGCGCUGCCCGCGCUGCCCCUGGACGGCGCCGACCUGAGCCCGCUGCUGCUGGGCACCGGCGCGAGCCCCCGCCGGGCCGUGUUCUUCUUCCCGCCCGCCCCCGACCCGCAGCGCGGCCCCUUCGCCGUCCGCCUGGGCCGCUACAAGGCGCACUACUUCACCCAAGGUUCCUUCCACAGCGACACGACCCCGGACCGGGCGUGCCACGGGCUGACCCCGCUCACGCCGCACCUGCCCCCGCUGCUCUUCGACCUGGAGGCGGACCCCGCGGAGAACUACGACCUGCUGCAGGGCCAGCCGGGCCCCGAGGCGCUGCAGGCGCUCAAGGACAUCGCCGAGCAGAAGGAGCUGCUGCUGCAGCGCCUGCAUUUCGGGGAGAGCCAGAUCGGCAAGGGCCGCGACCCCUCGCUGCAGCUCUGCUGCAACCCCAGCUGCAGCCCCAAACCUUCCUGCUGCCGCUGCUCCCCGCAGUGACACCCCAAAGGUUCCUGGCACCAAAAACCCAGCUCGGCCUCGGGGCUGCCCCACGGCUCGGGGACGCCUCGGACUCACGGGGAGCUGGGGUGGAAUGGGGUCAGGGAGACCCCGAAUGAGCAUCCCGUGCUCCGUGUGGGAUGUUCCAGGGGAGGACUAGGGCAGGAUCCUGACCCGUUCCAGGAUCCUGACCCAUUCCAGCACCCUGACCCCUUCCAGGGUCCUGACCCAUUCCAGCAUCCAGCCCAUUCCAGGGUCCUGACCCAUUCCAGCACCCUGACCCGUUCCAGGAUCCUGACCCGUUCCAGGAUCCUGACCCGUUCCAGGAUCAUUCUCCAGACACUCCAGCACUCCCCCAGAGCCAGGACAGCUCCUGGGAGCCGCGAUCCCGCUGGAGCAGAGGGGAUGUCCCAGAUCCAGGGAUCCCAGCUGGCACCGAGGGCACAGCAGGAGCAUGGGAUGGCUCCCGGCAGGCUCAGAGACACGAGCUGGGGACAGAGGGGACACCCCGGGUGGCAGCAGCAGCAGCAGCUCAGGCUGGCACUGCCAGCAGCCCCACAGCAGCUCCAGCUGUCCCCACUGCUGUCCCUCUCAAGGGCUUCUCCCGGGACUGGCACAGCUGGGGAGCCUGGCCUGGAGAAGUUUCUCCCUCUCCCCACCUCAGGCCCAUCCUCCCUCCCCUCCCUCCUCCCCCUCAUCUCCCCCAAACCAGGCCCGACCCCCAGAUUGUCCCAUCCUUGUUUUUCCCAGGAGGCUGAACUGGGCUCACAAUGUGGAUAAUGGGUGUGUGAUUUUGGCCAGGGGAAUAAUUUUUUGGGAGUGGGGCACGUCCAGGCCCCAGGGCAGUGACACUGGCAGUGUCCCCUCUCACUUCGUGGACAAGGGCAUCACUUCCAGGAUAAAACGUGGUAAGGUGUUGCCACAGGAUUUCCAUGUAAAUCACUGCUUUGUCUUACACCUUUUCUAAUUAAUAUUGCUGCAAAUAAUUGUUUGAUUCCUUAUCUCAUGGCUGUUUGCAGUAAAUUGUUUUUAACCCCUC